AAGGGCAGGAUCUCAACAAAGGCAUUGAUCUGUCUUACAGCGAAGUCCGGGCUCAGAUGGCAUUCCUGUUGAGGUUUUACCGUAAGCGAAAUCAGCGCUCUCUAACCACCUGCUCCUACGCCGGUGCUGGGAGUGGGUAUGAGUAUGGGCUGGGCUGGGUUGCUUAACCUUGCACGCACAAGAACCAAAAUCAAAGUGUAGUGAGUCGUGGGCCGGGUUGUUCAAAGCUGGGUUAAGAUAACCCAGGGUUAGUUUGAAAUCUGAUUUGAAAUCUGAAAGCUUUAAAAGAAAAUUAAUUAUAAUGUUAUUUGUGUUCAAUUUUAAGAUAGGAUGCCCUAAAAAGAACAGAGAAAAUUAUCCAAAAGGGCAUUUGAACAAAGUAAUAAAGAUAGCUAGAUUAAAAUUGAGCCCUGGCUGGGUUCGUGCUAAUCGGCCUUGUAACAGCUUUGCCGCUCUGACGUCCCACAUUUAGGUGGGCCUUUAGUUUCCAUCAUUUCCAUUACUCCUGCGUUUUGACUUUUUCUACGAAUAAAAUUCGCCUUUAGCUACCUUGAACUUAACCCAGUCGCUUGUUAAUUCCUUUUAAAACAACCUGCAUUUUAUUACUUAUUUUUCACACGCAGGCAAAGUCUAGAUGGGCAACAACCAAUCAAGGAGCCCUCUUUGAAAUAUUAUUGUUUUCUCUUGUUCAGUGUAUCUUCACUUAUUCGAGAUCGCAUUAUAUCUUUGGUUAUGGUCUAGUAGAGGUACAACAGAGUUUCAAUUUGCUUUUCGUAGUAAAAUUACGCGGAAUUUUUUUUUAGGCAACUUAUUAUAGACGAAUAAUUUUGAUUUUCUCUAUGUUCGAGGGACGGCGGUAAGCAUUUCUUUUGCAACCGUUAUUUGGUCUCGUCACGCAACGCACUCUCUCUCCAACGGGAAAUGGAGGGCGUUGGCUGACGAGACUAAACAACAGCGGCGAAGUAGACAACAGUAAGCGUGGCACCGAUUUCAUUUUUACUUAGAAAUAUUUAGGUAAUAGACCACAAAAUAUUUGUGUGAGUUCAGAUAAAUUAGGUUUUUUCUGUCUUUCUCUUAAGGUGAAGUGAUGCGAUAUUUUCGUUCUUUUGAAAGUUAUGCUCUUUUCAGUUGCAAAACUGAAAACAUUAAGUAUACAAACUGUCGCCUCUCAACCCACACAGCAAAAAAAUUAACUUUUGCAUGCUACGCAUGCCUAUGUUCUAAUUUGUGUCAACUUACUUGUUUCGAAUCAGUUAUUUCAGUUUUUUUUUGGUUUAUACAUAUUUCCAAUCGAGAUUGUAUGUACCAUCCGAUUCUAAAAUUUUGUAUGUUUAUACUACUAUACUUGUAUAUUUUCACUAAAAGCUCCUGGAUUAAAUGUCCUCUGCGGCGAUAAAACCAUGACCAUUGUCAUCCCAAAGACCCUCCUCCGUGGUCUUGAUUUAAAGAAUCUUCGACUCCUGGACACCAAAUGUAAAGGCAAAGAAGGACGGACCCACCUUAGCGUUACAACAUCAUUGACGGGCUGUAAAACUGUCAGCAGGUAUACACCCACAGCUAUCAUCUACUCCAACACACUGAAAAUACCCGUGGCCGCUAAAAGUGCUGUAACACGCGUACAUGACAUAAAAGUGCAGUUCAGCUGCUAUUACUCAGCGCAUGGUAUAGUUUCAUCGCUUGGUUGGACGCCAAUUAAAACAACACUUGAGCUUCGAGAAAAGGCCAAAGGGAACUUGACACUGUCGUUGAGAAUGUUUCACAACAAGGCAUUUGUGAAUUCUUACACGAAAGUUGAUUUCCCUGUUGCUGUGGAGCUGCAUAGACGAUUGUACUUUGAGGUAUCCGUGGCAACAGAUGACAAAAAGCUGUCAGUCAGGGCUGAUCGAUGUUAUGCCACGCCCACCCGGGAUCAAAAGAAUUCUCUGAAAUAUGAGUUUAUAAAGAAAGGGUAUGUUUAGUAAUAAAUUUUUUGGACACUUAAUUUCUACUCCUUUUGAAAAAUUACUCUUGGUUUAUUUUGCGGUCACUUGAGACGUUUUCCUAAGCAACUAAUAGUUAGUUACAAGUAAGUAAAAUUGGAAACACUUCGCAAUCUUGAAUUCCAUGAUGAUCAACAUAAGUUAAAAAAAAAAAACUUUUGUUAAGGAUAUUCUUAGGCAUAGUUUCACCUUCAUCAAGGAAAUUUGCUUUACUUUAGCUGCCCAAGUGACGUAACGGUGAAAUAUCAUUCAUCGCCUUCUUCUCGUGCUCAGCGGUUCAGCGUGGAAGCCUUUAAGUUCAUUAGUGCUCAUCCCUUUGUUUUCGUCCACUGCCAAGUGACUGUAUGCAAUGCAACCAACCCAGGUUCCAAAUGCUCGAUGAAAUGUCCUUCAAGUGGCCGAGGGAAACGUGAGCUGAGUGAUAACGUGACUUACGACGUGUACUCUUUAGUCCAGGGACCCCUGCACCUGACGCACGAGAAAAGAAAGGAGAACCGCAGGAGAAUACUGGGUGAGACUGGUACGUAGAUGAGCUGUUUCCGGGGACACAUAUUAGGGAUGCAUCCUGAGGAUAAAUUCUACCCCCGGCCCCCAGUACCCCAUGGACCCCUCUCUGAUGACUUUCCCCAUUCCCAAAAUGAUUCACCCUUCUUUGUUUGUAUAUUUUUUCCCGACCUAAUUACAAACUUAUUGUUACGACAUCUUAAACCAGCAUGGUACAGUAUGACGCUUCGCAAGUGAGGAUUUUUCAACUUUGCAGUGAAAUUUCUUUGGAAUUAAGUCUAAAUUCCCCCUUUUCUGUGACAUCCCUAGGUUCCAGUCCUCACAUUCCGGAGGCUCUGUCCGCUGACAAUCAUCACAAGUAGCUUCAAACUCAUUUACACUUGGACUUGACCUGGACUUGAACCACUGAAGGAUGUUUGAGCUGGAUAUUCGUGUAAAGGGUGUUUCACAAGUUCGUGCUCAUUUUUCUAAAAGGUUAAAUCUUACUUAUUUUCGCAUUCUGGAAGCCGUAUCUUUAAAACAAUUACCUGAAUUUACUUACUUUUACAGAAAUAAUUUCUGUGGUGGCGAACCGACCAUUAAAAAGCACUCGCUUUUCACGUAAUUGUUUUUUUUCUUUUUUGUAAUUUUUAUAUUAUUACUUCAAGGUAACUGAAGAAACGUAUUUGUGCUAAAUCCUGUUAUCCUUCUACUUCUCUAGCUCAAGCAUACCUCUUAUUUUAAGACGCUGAAUAAUCUCAAAAACUGACGAAAAAAAUAUGCGGAACAACAUCAACAGCAAACAAAUGUAACUUACAAACAGUUUUGAUAUUUAAGUUCGGUUUUUGAGAUUACUCACUGAUCUAACUCAAACAGGACUGUCGAAAAGAUUUGAUUUAUGUAAGGGUGCCUGCGCCUAUAUUUUUCAGUUCUCCUUUUGUAGUACGGGAUGACAGAACUGGCUCUUCAAUCAGCUGUUAGUCGAAAAGGGAUUGUGACUAAAAGGAUUUUUAAACCCGUCUUUAGAGGAGCUAAGAUGGUUUAAAUACUUUUCUCUUUUAACGUUAAAAGGCGCGUUACAAGAGACGAUAACCACUGAAUGCUAGUUUGCCGAGUUAUAGAAAAACUCAGAAGCACUUUUCUAGGAAAUGAAGAUGGUUUAGGAUUGGCCAUCCUUAGAAGUAUUGCAGGUGAUCAAGUUAAGAAUUAAUAGUAUGACAUCUUACUAAUGAGCCAGCAGCUUUAAACGUUAAUGAUGCCGCAUAUAGUACUGUGAUGGGACGGCAAGCAGAAGGUUACUGGACACGAAGAUUUAGAACUUUCCUAUUAAGGCGCUAGCACAAGACAAUAAUCCAAGAUUGAUUGAAGCUUCUGUUUUUGCCAGUCUUUGAAAAUUGAAAAAUAACUGCAUUAAGCUUUUGAGGUACGGGAUAUUGAAUCGAGGUUUUAAGUUUUACGGUAGUGAUGAAGAGUUAAUAAGGAACAUCAGCUGGUUGACAGAGCCUUUUUCUCAAGUUUAAUAUUUUAUUUUAAAGAAAUGGUGAAGGGAAAUGAUGUGGGUACUAACUUACACAUAAAAACAGACAUAGUGCUCUUACAUACACGAGUGAUUGGAUGUUACGAGAGCAUAAGGUUGACCAUAAUGGAUAAGAUGUUUUCAUCCCGGAAAUUCUCUG